AUGUCCUGCACAAAGGAUUUCUCUUGUAUCGGAGGAUUGGAGAAGCAUAUUCGCAUAGUGAAAGAAACGGUUCUAUUUCCGCUUAUAUACGGUGACAUUUAUGCGAAGUUCAACUUGAAACCACCGAGGGGUUUGCUCUUUUAUGGGCCUCCUGGCACAGGAAAGACUCUGGUUGCUAGUGCUUUAGCUGUGGAAUGCAGUAACGCUGAACGGAAGGUUUCUUUUAUAUCUCGUAAGGGUUCCGAUUGUCUUAGCAAAUGGAUAAAAUUCAUUAUUACAUCAAUGUUACAGGCUCAGCAAUCGAAACCUUGUAUAAUCUUUUUUGACGAAGUUGAUGGUCUAGCACCAGUAAGAUCCAGUCGUCAAGACUUUGUACACGCCAGCAUUGUCUCCACUCUCUUGGCCUUGAUGGAUGGCUUAGAGAACAAUUCAGAGAUCAUAGUAAUUGGAGCAACGAAUAGAAUCGACGCUAUAGAUCCAGCUUUAAGAAGACCUGGCCGUUUCGAUAGAGAAUUGUAUUUUCCGUUGCCAUGUUAUACCGCGAGAAAAGAAAUACUCUCGGUUCACAUAAAAAGUUGGAAACAGAAACCACCACAGAAAUUUUUGGCAUAUCUUGCAUCGAAAACUGUUGGAUUUUGCGGAAGUGAUUUACAAGCUCUUUGCGCCGAAGCAGUAAUGUGCUGCGUUCGAAGAAAUUAUCCGGAAAUAUAUACAUCCAAAGCGAAAUAUCAAAUUAACGAGCGGCAUCUUAAAGUCGAGAAACAAGAUUUUUUGAAAGCACAACAAAAUAUUCUACCAGCAUCCCAUCGUGUUUCAAUCGCCCCAAUUAAAUCUUUAUCGUAUAAAAUUCAACCAUUACUCCAAGACAAUUUGUCAUACAUUUUGUCACAGCUUGAAAUUCUUUGUCCAACAGGAAUGUUGACUUGCAACGUCAUCACUGGUAAAGCUGCAUCGAGAUCAAACAGCUGUCCUAGGAUUUUAUUGUGUGGUGACGAUGACUCUCACACUCGUCAUCUGGGACCAGCAUUACUUCAUUCUUUAGAGCAUUUACCUUGUCAUUUGUUAGAUAUUACGACUUUGUUUGAAGAAACAGGAAAAGCUGCAGAAGAAGCUUUGAUUCAAAAAAUGAAGAUGGCUCGACGCAAUUUACCAUCAUUGAUUUAUAUUCCUGAUAUUUUAACCUGGUGGGACUUAGUAGAUGAAGCGGCACGUAUUGUUUUUACAUCUUUGAUGCAGAGUUUAGAUCGAUCGGUCAAUAUGUUAAUCAUGGUUACGGCUAAUUGUUCACGAAAAGAUUUACCUGCAGAUAUUGUAUCCUUGUUCGAUGAAUAUCAAGGUGAAAUAUUUGAAGUUAUAUCUCCUCGUGAGCAACAUCGUGAACUAUUUUUCAAGCAAUUGUUUGUUCCUUCGGCGUAUGAUUUCGAAUCUAAUAGUUCUUCACAAGUUGAUUUUGAACAAAUUAUGAAUUCAAGAAAAACGAAAGAAGUAGGAAGAAAACGGAAAUUAACUGGUCGAACCGAUAUCAUGGAAAAUCCUUUAGCACAAGAGAUGGUAUCUUUUCGAAGAAGUAAACUCAGAACUCGAAACAAACCUUGCAGUGUACGAUCAGCUCAUGUGAUGAUCAAUUCCAAGACAAGUAUAAAAUUAUUAUUAUUUAAUAUCUAUAUUUUAAUAUUGUUUUUUAUUAUAUAAAUUGAUCGAAAA